AUGUACACGGAGGCGGAGGGCAGGCGUCUGGGCCUGGUGGGCUGGGUGAAGAACACUCACAGUGGGACAGUGGUGGGACAGGUGCAGGGGCCGGCGGAGCAGGUGGAGGACAUGAAGGUGUGGCUGAGAAAGACGGGCAGUCCCACCUCCCGCAUCACCAAGGCCUCCUUCUCCAACCAGAGGAGCAUCGAGCAGCUGGAGCUCAGCGGCUUCUCCACACGUUUCUGA